AGGGCUGGGUGGGAGCGCGCAGGGGCUGGAGAGGGGCCGGUGCGGGAGCCGCGCUCCGGCAUCGCCUAAAGACGGAGCUAAUAAUUCCUUUUGUUUUCACCUCCAAAUCACUUGGCUUCCUUGGCGCUGCGCCCUGGGUUUGGGAUUCGCUGUGUUUGCUCGAGUACAGAGGAUACGCGUUUGCUUCUGAUUUCGUUUGACUUGCGCUCCCGGGCUCAGUAGGUGCUUUUUGAUAGUUUGACCCCAGAUAGAGAUGACAUAAUUAUUUCCAUGACAAGAAAAGUAACCCCACCACAGAAAUGUGACUUAAUUACAGUAUCUGGCAGAAGAAGCUAUAUUAGGAGUGAGAGAUCUCCUUUUCGGACAUCAGUUAUGCAGUGAGCUGGGUCUUGUUGUUGUUGUUCUGUCAAACUUUAGAGAAAAUGCCUGCGUAAAAAUAAUUUGGGGAUGUAAUUAUGGUUUCCCGGAGCACGUGUAUUGUAUGUUCCCAUAACAUACGUAGAGAGGGAUGAGAAAAUUCUCUCUGUCUUCUGUUCUUGCACAGAAGACAGCUGGGACUUCUCUCUCAUGCUCAACUAGAGCAUGAAGAGGAACUGCCAGGUGCCGGGGGCACCUGCACAGUGCCGAGGUAUUUACCUGCCUCUUCCUCUGAAGACAAUUGCUGCUGCGGGGAGAAAGAGCGAGGAACAGGAUUUCCCUGCAUCCUCCUUGAAAGCAAGAUCCCUGGGGAGCUCCUCUUAUGCUUCUUGCGGAUCUGCUUCUCAGAAUAAUAGUUUUACACUGGGUAUUCAUACUGUUACCAUCAGGCAGUGCAAAACUCUGCCCAGCUGAGAGUAUAUCCCGUCUUCUAGACGUAAAAAUUGCUUUUGAAAUUUUAGAAAGCAUAUCAACUAAAUUAACUUUCAGUGGCGGAGGGCAAUAAUAAAAGAAUUAAUUUAGUACUGCUACUGACUUCCACUGGGAUCUCAUAUAAAGAAAGAUUCUGCAUUUUUUGAUUGCAUUCAUUUGCAGAAUGAGAACUGUAUAUGCAAAGUCAAUAUUUCUGAUGCUUUUGGCACAUUUUCAGACAGUGUGCAAUAUUAUCAUAAAUUAAUUGUAGAUAAGUGAUAGAUCAGUAACUCUUUUAACUUUAAAAGUACUGAAAGCUUGCUACCUAAAUUUAGUAACAAUGCGUAUGAAUCCCUUUUUUUCCUUUUUUUGAUUGGAGAUGCACACAUAGCUGUACAUGUACCCAUACUGUACCCUGGUUAUAAUUGUUGGUUCUGAUGUUUUAUCAAAUCUUUGGAAAAACAAAAAAUCAUCUAAGGAAACUUGAUACGUUAUUUCUGUUGCUGUAUUAAAAAAAUAAAUAUUACCAGCAGUAAGUAACUUUCAGAAUUCAAUUUUUGAUGACAGCAAUGCUUGACUUGUGAGUUUGGUAUUGAUCUUUAUUUCACAAACUGUUGUGACUCAAUCUAUGAGCCAACCGCAUGAGCAUGUUCAUGACAACUUUUCUGAAGUAGUGGUUUUCAUUUUGUUUUUUUAAGUAGUGAAAGUGCUGUACCCUGGUAAAGCGGGGUUAAACAUGCUGGUAACAGAUCCUUUUGCUUUAAUUGUAGUUUGUCAACUAGUUUACAACUAGUCUGAAGUAAUUCUGGGGCUGUCCUUCCUCAAGGAUCAGAGUUUGCAUGGAAGGAUCGCUGUUGGUUAAAUAAAAUUUUGGUCCAGACGAACUUGUAUGCCAAAAAUAUGUUCUGCUGUAUUUUUAUUUAGAACAGCCAACAAGUAUUAACAGUUGCUUAAGAACAAGAUGGAUAAAUAGAGUUUGAAUACGUUUCUGCAGUUGAAGCCAGCUUCACGAUCAGUUCAGGUCUCUGGAAGCUGAUUUUGCCCCUGAAAGGCUUUGGAUGCACACAACUCUGGUCUGUUUUUUUUUUUUCCCCCCCUCCUUCAGCCUCCUCCUCUGCAUUGGUACAAAAGCUGUGUUUGUUUUUAAAGUUGGAGCUAACUUGGACCAGUUUCCUGAUCUGGUUACAGCAUGUACCUUACAGCAUGAGGCAAGUGGUACCCUCUUUUGGCUUUAGUGUUUGCUUAAGUUGGUUAUAAAAUUGUGGUGUUUUUCAAACAUUGAGAGGAUUAUUACAGUAAAAUUUAGGAUCAGAACCAAAAUGUACCGAAGCAUUAGGAAAGUAUUCUUGUGUGAAAUACAAAGAGAAGGGAAGUCAUUGUAACUUUGUUUUACAGCUCACGGGAGGGAGAGGAUGCCUUGCCUGAGGUUGGAAGGGGAGUCGGCAGCAGCAGCAGCAGCAGGUUCAGAGAUUAGUAGUUCUUGGUUUUGCUGUUAGACAAUCAGCUACGAUUCUUUCCUGCACCGUGGAUUUAAAAUCAACUUCAAAUUACUGGAGAAUUGCACUUCAAGUGGUCUCAAGAGACAGAAGAAGCAGGUCUUCACUAUAAUGGAAGAGGCCAGGAGCUCAAAGAAUGGAAAUCAUGACCCAAGGAAGUCUGCCCGUGUUGUCUGUGAGGAAGGCAAAGCAGUCAAAAUUACAAAUAAUCAAAAUUAUAAACAUAACAGAAAUGAUAAAACUGUGAAGGAUGUUGGGAGAAGUUCUCCAAGUGGGAAUAGCAGCAAAAAAAGUAAACAAAAUGAUGUUUUUUCUGAAAAACAAGGAGAAAAUAAAUCAUGCAAAGUAAAUAGUUGUAUUCCUGGGACUAAAGAUUUGGCGGGGUCAAACCUUCAGGAUCGUAGUCAUGGAAAAGCAAAAAAAUUUUCUAAUUUAUCAUCAGCAGUGGAAAACCUGAAACAGACAAAAGCCCAACAAGUAGGAGAAAACUUUUCAGGCUCCCAUGUUUCUGGGAAUGGAGUUAGUACAGAAACCUUAACAGCUACCCAGAGAGGGAAAGUGGUGUUGGAAGAUCCACUGGGAGUUCAUACGUUGAAGACUAGUGUUGAUCAGACUGGUGAUCCUGGUAAGACUGCUUCAGAUCAAAGAAAAAUGGAACAGAAGUCUGAUGACUUCAGUAAAGUAAAGAAUUCUGAAUCAACUAAAGAACACACUUUGGAGUCUGAUUAUUUAGAAAACACUGCUGUUAUUGAUGAAUCUAAUCUGACAGCUGAACAACAACUAGGACUGAAACAAGCAGAAGAACGACUGGAAAGAGAUUACAUCUCCCGACUUGAAAAACGCUCCCCAGAAUACACCAACUGUCAGUAUCUAUGCAAGCUCUGCUUAGUUCACAUUGAAAAUAUCCAGGGAGCUCACAAGCAUAUUAAAGAAAAACGUCAUAAGAAAAAUAUAAUGGAAAAACAAGAAGAAAAUGAGCUGCGUGCCCUCCCACCCCCCUCCUCCGCACAGUUGGCUGCUCUGAGUUUUACACUCAUUGAGGCAGCAAAUGAACAAGGCAUAUCAGAUGAUGACUUCAGAAUCCGUCAAGAAAUUGUAAACGAGAUGGAGAAAAUUAUUCAACAGCCCUUACCAGACUGUUCACUGAGGAUGUAUGGCUCCUGUUUAACUAGAUUUGCUUUUAAAACCAGUGAUGUUAACAUUGAUAUAAAAUUUCCCCCAAAGAUGAGUCAGCCAGAUGUUCUGAUACAGGUGCUUGAAAUCCUAAAGAAUAGUGCUGUCUACUCAGACGUGGAGUCAGAUUUCCAUGCCAAAGUUCCUGUUGUCUUUUGCAAAGACGUUAAAAGUGGUUUGACAUGUAAAGUGAGUGCUAGGAAUGAUGUGGCUUGCCUUACAACUGACCUGCUGGCUGCACUUGGGAAACUGGAGCCUGUCCUUAUUCCCUUGGUUUUGGCUUUCCGUUACUGGGCUAGACUGUGCCACAUUGACUGCCAGGCUGAAGGUGGGAUUCCCUCAUAUUCCUUUGCCUUAAUGGUGAUAUUUUUUCUUCAGCAAAGAAAACCACCUAUUUUACCAUCCUAUUUGGGCAACUGGAUUGAAGGCUUUGAUUCAAAGAGACCAGAUGACCACCAACUGAAAGGUAUAGAAGAAGAGUUUGUACGGUGGGAGUACAAACCAUCAACUAACGGUUCAGGAAAAAACUCAGUUGGAACAGAAGGCAAAACUAAAGUUGAACAACAAAAAGGUGGCGGUAAGAAGGUGACAAGCUCAGAAGUGGACAACCAAAGUAAUGCGAAGGAGAAACAUGGCAAUUCUCCCUUAGCAUUCAGAACCCCUCACCAAGUUUCACUGGGGCAACUGUGGUUAGAACUGUUGAAGUUUUACACACUGGAAUUUGCUUUGGAGGAGUAUGUCAUCAGUAUACGGGUACAAGAACUCUUAACCAGAGAGAACAAAAACUGGCCUAAAAGGCGAAUAGCCAUUGAAGAUCCUUUUGCACUAAAGAGGAAUGUUGCACGAAGUCUAAAUAGCCAGAUGGUAUUUGAGUACAUCCUGGAGCGAUUUAGGACAGCAUAUAAAUAUUUUGCAUGUCCGCAGAGUAAAGAUGGAAUUAAAUCCAAACCAGAUAGCAAGAAAAAAGAAAAAGGGAAAAUUAACAAUAAGAAAUCCACAAGGUCUGAAGAACCUGUAGCCAACUGUUGCCUUCCACAAGGGGAAAAAGUUGCAGAUAAACAAAAUAUAGGAAGUGGAUGUAACAUACCAGGGAAUGAACUUGAAUGUAAUGAAAUAGUAGAAUCUGGUGCCAAAAGAUACGCUUCCAAGAACAUAGACUCUUUGCUACUUUCAACUUUGGACUCUAAUUAUGAUGAAGACAAAGAAGAAACUUUAUCCCUUAUUUCUAAUGAAUGCUGUGAAUUAAAGCAAAAAUCACUUAAAGAGAGGGAUGAUGUAGAAAUUUCAGGAGUUUGUCUAACUGAAGGUGAGCUAAGCCACCGUUGUAACUGCAGUGAACAUCAGUCUUAUGACACAAAUUCUAGUAAUGGAUUUUCUGAUGCUGAAAGUAGACCGAGUCUGGUAACCGAGUCUUCUCAGAAGAGUAAGUGCACUGGCACAACAGCUACCUCGCGCAACUGCAAAGCAAUGGUGGAAGCUCAUGAUCUUAAAGAGGAAGGCAGACUCUCUACAGAAGAAAUGCAUUAUGUGUUUGAUAAGUUUAUUUUGACUUCAGGAAAGCCACCAACUAUAGUAUGCAGCAUCUGCAAGCGGGAUGGACAUUCCAAAAAUGACUGCCCAGAGGAUUUUAAGAAAAUUGAUCUAAAACCACUACCACCAAUGACAGACAGAUUUCGGGAAAUACUUGACAUAGUGUGUAAGAGAUGUUUCGAUGAAUUAUCCCCUCCUUUGUCAGAGCAGCAAAACAGAGAACAAAUUCUGGCAAGUUUGGAAAGGUUCAUUCGAAAAGAGUAUAAUGACAAAGCCAGACUUUGCUUGUUUGGCUCUUCAAAGAAUGGAUUUGGGUUUCGUGACAGUGAUCUAGAUAUCUGCAUGACCUUGGAAGGCCAUGAAAAUGCAGAGAAAUUAAACUGUAAGGAAAUAAUAGAAGGUUUGGCAAAAGUUCUUAAGAAGCAUCCAGGUUUGAGAAACAUCUUGCCUAUAACAACAGCCAAAGUGCCUAUAGUAAAAUUUGAACACAGACGAAGUGGUUUAGAGGGAGACAUCAGUUUAUACAAUACGCUGGCACAGCAUAACACAAGAAUGCUCGCUACAUAUGCAGCUAUUGACCCUAGAGUGCAAUACCUGGGUUAUACAAUGAAAGUUUUUGCAAAGCGCUGCGACAUUGGAGAUGCAUCCCGAGGGAGUCUGUCUUCGUAUGCCUAUAUCCUUAUGGUUUUGUACUUUCUGCAGCAGAGAAACCCACCGGUUAUUCCAGUUCUUCAGGAGAUAUUUGAUGGAAAACAGAUUCCACAGAGAAUGGUGGAUGGAUGGAAUGCCUUUUUCUUUGAUGACAUGGAAGAACUGAAGAAGCGUCUGCCUUCUCUUGGAAGGAACACAGAGUCCCUUGGAGAGCUCUGGUUAGGGUUGCUGCGAUUCUACACUGAAGAAUUUGACUUCAAGGAGUACGUGAUCAGCAUUCGGCAGAAGAAGUUAUUAACUACGUUUGAGAAACAGUGGACGUCCAAAUGUAUUGCCAUUGAAGAUCCGUUUGACUUGAAUCAUAAUCUUGGUGCUGGAGUCUCUAGGAAAAUGACCAAUUUCAUAAUGAAGGCAUUUAUCAAUGGGAGGAAACUAUUUGGUACCCCGUUCUACCCAGCUGUUGGAAGAGAAGCUGAAUACUUUUUUGACUCAAAAGUGCUGACAGAUGGGGAAUUGGCGCCCAAUGACAGAUGUUGCCGUGUCUGUGGAAAAAUUGGUCACUACAUGAAAGACUGUCCAAAGAGGAGAAGGUUGAAGAAAAAGGAGAAUGAGAAAGAUGAUGAAAAAGAAGUGAAAGAUGAUGAUAGAGAAACAAGAGAGAAAAGAUGCUUCAUCUGUGGGGAUGUGGGUCAUGUUAGAAGAGAUUGUCCUGAAUUCAAGCAAACGCGACAGAGAAAUAAUAGUGUGCCAGGUGCCCAGUUGGUCCGAAGCAUGGUAAAUUCACAGCUAGUGGCUGUGAGCCAGCAGCAGGUGGAACGACCCUUGCGCACUAGACAGUCAUCAGAAUGUUCUGAUUCGCAUCAGUCAUCUUACUCUCCACAACCUCAACAAUUUACACAGAAUUCCUCUCAGCCAGCCUCCAUUAACCAGACUCAGCCACAACCAAUAUCCCAGUCUAAGCACGUUCCGCAACCACAACAGGGUGCACAGCCACCCCAUCAGGUCCAGCUGCCUUUGUUUAACUUUCCCCAAUCUCCCCCAGGUCAGUAUUCCACCUUGCAUAACCUGGGACUACUUCAGAUGCACCAUCACCACCAAAUUCAGCUUCCCAACACUUCGUGGCCUAUUCAUGGGCCCGUUAUUCACUCUGCACCGGGUAACCCUCCUCAUUCUACAAAUGUUCCGUUUUCUAUGAGGUCUGGCAGCAGCAGCACCACAAAUAACCAGAGCAGUGUAAGCUUGAAUGAUCCCAGUAUCAUCUUUGCACAGCCUGCUGCCAGGCCCAUGGGAAUCCCCAGCACUUCUCAUGAGGGACACUGGCACAAUCCUGUGACUCCAAACUCACUGGUGAACAAUGGCACUGUGGGGAAUUCAGAUCAGGGUUUCCAAGGACAGUUUGGUAAAAUGAACCCUCCUUCUGUCCCUUGGGACCAUGGGACCCCUACCCAUUUUCCUCUCCUCCGAGGAGCGUGGCCUUACAAUAUGCCUCAGAACUACAUGCAGCAGGGAAAUGCCAGCUAUCCACCGAACAAACCUUUCUACCCUCAAGCUGGUCCACUGAUGCAGAGUAACCAGCGGUUCUCGCUUCUGUCUCAAGGACACCCACACUUGAAUCUGAAUUACAUUCAACAGAAAAAGUGAAAUUUAAUGGGAUUAUGGGGGGGGGGGUUGAGGGAGGAAGGGAGAAAAAAAAAUCAGGUUCUGAUUUAAAAUCUUAAUGCAACAUGUUUAGAUACAAGAUUAUUUAAGACUGUUUUUAAAACUGUAUCAUUUGUACAUAGAUAUGAACUAUAGUUUUUACUAGUAUCACAGAACUGAGUGAUACAAAUUUCAUCUAUUUUAUUACCCUAUUUUUAAGGGGAAUUGUGUUUUGUUUUAUCUUGAUAAACUGUAAAGAGAGAGAAUUUUUAAAAUUAAGUUCUUUAUUUUCUAUUAGCUGUAUUCAUACUUUGGUUGCUUCAGACUUUAUAUAUAUUGUUCUAAAAAAAUAAAAUUAGAAAGGGAUUUCAUGUGUUUAAAAAUUUGUCACUUCUAUUCUUUACAGAACUAUGUAGUGCCAAAAACAACUUUUUAAAAGAAAAAUAAAACCGCAAAAAAA